UGCAGUAUUGCUCAGGCGGAGACUAUCAUUCGUCUUCGUCCAUACAGCAACGCGGAAGAAGUCCGAACCAAACUCACCAAAGCUCGAGGUGUCUCACCUAAGCUAUUCGAACAAUACGUCGAAAUCAUGGAAGGUUAUGUCCAAAUCGACGCAUGUCUCAAUCGCUGCGCAUCGAUAGCGGCAGAUGUCGCCGAUGCUCUCGCAGUCUGGCGCGGCGCAUCAAAUACUAACGACAGUGUUGUCGGUACUCCUCGUUCGGACGGAUUGAACGAUGUCAAAGUCGACGUGGCUAAAGUCUCAGAGCUCCUCCGUAAAGAGACCAACCAAAGGAAACGCAAAAUACUUAGCUCGUACAUUCAACAACAACCUGCCUCUCUGUCAAAAGGCACGGUGUUGAAGGAUUAUCAACUGCUGGGUCUAAAUUGGCUCAAUCUUCUCUACUCGAAGAAAAUCGGUUGUAUUCUGGCAGACGAGAUGGGAUUGGGCAAAACAAUACAAGUCAUCGCUUUCAUCGCAGCGCUCAAAGAAAAGGGUGUUAAAGGUCCUCAUAUGAUCUUCGUACCGGCCUCUACGCUUGAGAAUUGGAUCAGAGAGUUUGAACGUUUCGCUCCUGGAAUCGAUGUACAACCUUACUACGGUUCUCAGGCUGAACGUGCCGGAUUGCGGGAUGAUCUGAAACGACAGUAUAGAGCUGGAAAGUUGGAGGUGGUUCUUGCCUCGUACACUCAGGUGGCCGCACCAGACGAUCUCGCUUUCUUCCGCAAGAAGGUAGAGUUUGAUAUGUGCGUGUAUGACGAAGGACACAAGCUUAAAAAUUGUACGACCAAAGCAUACAACGAUCUCAUGUCCAUCCAACCUCGAUGGAGAUUGUUGCUUACGGGUACACCACUACAAAAUAAUCUUCAAGAACUAGUCUCCCUUCUCAUGUUCAUUCAUCGAGAUACAUUCACUGUGGAACAUUGUGACAUGUCACCCGUGCAAGCUAAAAUAUAUCGCGAAACGAUGAAGAGGUCACGUAAAGCACUUGAGGAAUUAGAUGAUGAUGCUCUUGAAGCUGCUGCUGCGGACGACGAAGCGGAGGCGAAUAAACAUCAUCAAGUCGAUUCGAAGAAAGCGAAAGAUGCUAAAGAAAAACAGAAAAGUAAAGAAUCCAGUAGUUCAAAUAUUCUUAUGGAUCUGAGAAAAGCAGCGAGUCAUCCUUUGCUAUUCAGGAGAUUAUACACGGAUGCCAAAAUACGUCAAAUUGCCAAAGCUUGUUUAGGUACGCCUAGAUGGUGUGAUUCAAAUUACGAUUAUGUGGUAGAGGAUCUUGAAGAGCUUCAAAGGUUUGCUCUGAAGACAGAAGUCUUCUUGGAUGGCGGAAAAGUUGCCGCCCUCCAGAAACAUGUCGAAAGAUGUAAAAAAGAAGGAAAGAGAAUGCUACUAUUCUCUCAAUUCGUCAUGAUCCUAGAUGUCCUAGAAGUCGCCCUAGAACAUUUGGGCGUCAAAUACACUCGAUUGGACGGAAGCACGAAAACGGACGAAAGACAGGGAUUGGUAGAUGAGUUCAACGAUGAUCCCGAGAUCACAGUUUUCUUAUUGUCUACCAAAGCGGGAGGAGUGGGGAUAAACUUGACGGCGGCCAGUGUGGUGAUUAUUUAUGAUCAAGAUUUUAAUCCUCAUAAUGAUCGUCAGGCGGCUGAUAGGGCGUAUCGGAUUGGUCAAGAAAAAGAAGUGGAAGUUAUCAAACUCAUUACGAAAGAUUCUAUCGAUGAAGAUAUGUUGCUCAUUGGGCAGACCAAACUUCAGCUGGAUGACGCUGUAGGAGGCGAAGAAUUGACCAUUGAUCCAGGUGCCAACCAAGAUGAUAAAACCGCAAAAGAAGUUCGCAAAUCCCUUCUCACCACUCUACGUAAUAAAUUUGAAGCGGUCUCAGGACCGACGGAAUUGGGUGAUGUUAGGGAAGAAACGCCGAUAAAGGAUGGUUUCGAGGUUCAAGAUGCAGAGGGAACACCGACUGUCAAACGUGCUAGACCGAGUUUACCUGGGAGUCAAGGAAAAAGGUGGUAUGAUUGA